UGAAAAGUUUUAAAAAGUAAAUUACAAAAAAAUAAGUUUACAUAUUUCCAGCAUUAACACAAAAAAAAAAAAGAAACAUCUUUAUUAAAACAACAACAACAACAACAUUGCCUUAACAAAUGUUUAUAUCUAAACAUAAACAACUUGGCAGCACUGCUUAAAUAAAUGUGUGUAACCAAUGCAGCGUUUUAGUAAAAACUGUUUAUAAAGCAAAUUUUAGUAAUUUGCUAAAAAAAACGAAUUUAAAAUUUUAAUAGAAAUUCUAAUUAAGAGUUAAUCACAAAAAUAUGGUUGUACCCACAAUGGAUAGUUUACCGCGUGUACCCGAUACACAUGGAGAUGUGGUCGAUGAAAAAUUAUUUUCAGAUUUAUAUAUACGCACCUCAUGGGUGGAUGCCCAUGUAGCACUCGAUCAAAUCGAUAAGGGCAAAGCCCGUGGCAAUCGCACUGCCAUCUAUUUGCGUUCAGUAUUUCAAUCCCACCUCGAAUCCUUAGGUAGUACAGUACAAAAACAUGCCGGCAAAGUGUUAUUUAUAGCCAUUCUAGUAUUAAGUACAUUCUGCGUUGGCCUCAAAUCCGCCCAAAUACACUCCAAAGUCCAUCAGCUGUGGAUACAAGAGGGUGGUCGACUCGAAUCCGAAUUGGCCUAUACGCAAAAAACCAUUGGAGAGGCGGAAAGUUCUACACACCAGCUGCUAAUACAAACGGCUCAAGAUCCUAAUGCCAGCGUUUUACAUCCGCAAGCUUUACUCACACAUCUGGAAGUGUUGAAAAAGGCCAGUGCGGUUAAAAUACACAUGUUCGAUACGGACUGGAGUCUGAGGGAUAUGUGUAACUCACCCACCACGCCCAGUUUUGAGGGUCCUUAUUUUAUAGAGCAAAUCUUUAAGCAUUUAAUACCCUGUUCGAUUAUCACGCCUCUCGAUUGUUUUUGGGAGGGUAGCCAGCUAUUGGGUCCAGAGUUUCCCGUACAAAUACCCGGCAUGGAUAAACGCAUCACCUGGAGUUCCUUAAAUCCCUCUAGUCUUAUGCAAACUAUGAAAAAACAAAUGAGUGAUCAAAAAAUCUCUUUUGAUUUUGAUACCGUAGAACAGUAUAUGAAAAGGGCUGCCAUUACCUCCGGCUAUACCGAAAAACCCUGUUUAAAUCCCAAAGAUCCACAAUGUCCCGACACAGCCCCCAAUAAAAAUAGUGAUCAUCCCUUAGAUGUGGGUGCCAUUUUAACUGGUGGUUGUUAUGGUUUUGCAGCUAAAUAUAUGCAUUGGCCAGAGGAGUUAAUAGUGGGUGGUGUACAACGUAAUCGUACCAGCCAUUUGCGUAAGGCAAAAGGUUUGCAAACCGUAGUACAACUGAUGACCGAGAAGGAAAUGUAUGAUUUAUGGAAUGAAAACUAUAAGGUGCAUCAUAUAGGCUGGAGCCCUGAAAAGGCGGCCGAGGUAUUAAAUGCCUGGCAAAAGAAUUUCUCGCGCGAAGUGGAAAACAUUAUGAAAAAUUCUCGUUUAGCUAAAAACUAUGAUGUUUAUGUGUUUUCCUCCGCCACUUUGGAUGACAUAUUGGAAAAGUUCUCUAAUCCCAAGCCUUUGAGUAUAGUGAUUGGUGUUAUUGCCACGGUUAUAUAUGCCUUUUGCACCCUGCUAAGAUGGCGUGAUCCGGUCAAGGGACAAUCGAGUGUGGGCGUGGCUGGGGUGUUAUUAAUAGGCUUUUCUACAGCCGCUGGCUUGGGUUUAUGCGCCAUUUUGGGUAUUGUCUUCAAUGCUGCCAGUACUCAAGUGGUACCCUUUUUGGCUUUAGGUUUAGGAGUGGAUCAUAUCUUUAUGCUAACCGCCGCCUAUGCAGAAAGCAAUCGCAAAGAGCAGACCAAGUUUAUAUUGAAAAAAGUGGGUCCUAGCAUAUUAUUUAGUGCCUGUACAACCACAGGCGCCUUUUUUGCAGCAGUUUUUAUACCUGUGCCUGCCUUAAAGGUAUUCUGUCUACAAGCAGCCAUAGUUAUGUGCUUUAACUUGGCUGCGGCUUUAGUAGUAUUUCCCGCUAUGAUUUCUUUGGAUUUAAGAAGACGUACUGCCGGAAGAGCUGAUAUUUUCUGUUGUUGUUUUCCCAUUUGGAAGGAGAAACCUGUAAACCAACUAACACUGCUAAACAAUAAUGCCACAAGAAGCAACAAUCGUUCACGCAACACCACCGUCUUACCCAAAACCAGCAAUAAUACCCGAACAUCUGCCAUCAACAAUCCAGUGCUACCACCGCAAGAAGAGGCUUUACUCACAUGUCACAGUGAAAAACGUUUACCCGCCUUUACUUUUAGUAAAUUUGCCGUUAAAUAUUAUACACCAUUCCUAAUGAAGAGUUGGGUUAAGUUCCUUGUAGUCAUGUCUUUUGUGGGCACGGUUAUUUUUAGUUUAUAUUGUUCCACUAAACUGCAGGAUGGUUUGGAUUUGAUUGAUUUGGUGCCGAAAGAAACGAAUGAAUAUAAGUUUCUUAAUGCCCAAACAUCGAUGUUUGGUUUCUACAGCAUGUAUGCCGUGACACAGGGUAAUUUUGAAUAUCCCAACAAUCAACGUUUGUUGCAUGAAUAUCAUGAGGCUUUUGUUCGCGUGCCGCAUGUAAUUAAGAAUGACAAUGGUGGCCUGCCGGACUUUUGGUUAUCUCUAUUCCGUGAUUGGCUUAGAAAUCUGCAGAGAAUCUUCGAUCGUGAAUUUAAAGAUGGUCGUAUUAAUCAAGAGGGUUGGCAUGCCAAUGCUUCUAGUGAUGCCAUCUUGGCUUAUAAGCUGUUGGUGCAGACAGGUUAUGUGGACAAUCCUGUGGAUAAGAAACUGGUGCUGCAACAUCGCCUGGUUGACAAUGAGGGCAUUAUUAAUCCCAGAGCUUUUUACAAUUAUCUCUCAGCCUGGGCUACCAAUGAUGUUUUUGCUUAUGGUGCUUCUCAGGGUAAAUUACAUCCUGAACCUAGACAGUAUUAUCAUGUACCCACCGAAUAUGAUUUGAAAAUACCCAAAUCAUUGCCUUUGGUCUAUGCUCAGCUGCCGUUUUAUCUGCAUGGCCUCACCGACACCUCGGAAAUUAAAUCGCUAAUCAGUCACAUAAGAGAUUUAAGUGUACGCUUUGAAUCGCGGGGUCUACCCAAUUAUCCUUCAGGCAUUCCUUUUAUAUUCUGGGAGCAGUAUAUGACUUUACGCUCUUCUUUAUCUUUGAUUUUAUGCUGUUGUAUAGUGGCCGCUUUUGUUUUAGUCUCUAUUUUAUUGCUGUCCGUUUGGGCUGCCAUUUUAGUGGUUUUCAGUGUGUUGGCUUCUUUGACUCAGGUCUUUGGCGCCAUGACUUUAUUGGGCAUUAAAUUGUCCGCCUUGCCGGCUGUUAUUUUGAUCUUAAGUGUGGGCAUGAUUGUGUGUUUUACGGUGCAUAUUUCAUUGGGUUUUAUGACAUCUGUGGGCAAUCGAGAACGUCGCGUACUACUCUCCCUUCAAGUUUCUUUGGGACCACUAACUCAUGGCAUCCUUACCUCCACUCUAGCUGUAUUCAUGUUAUCUACUUCACCCUUUGAAUUUGUCAUCAGACAUUUCUUUUGGCUGCUUUUGGUAGUACUGUGUGUUGGUGCUUUCAAUAGCCUCGUGGUAUUUCCCAUAAUAUUAAGUAUUAUGGGACCUGAGGCAGAACUAGUGCCACUUGAACAUCCUGAUCGUAUCUCCACGCCAUCACCACAAAUGUCACGUAGCAGUAAAAGAGCCAAUAAGACUGUCAUUGUACAUGGUUCAUCAAGAUCGUCGUCACGUAAUUGUCAGAAACAGCAUUAUCAUCAUAAAGAUGUUAACAUCAAUGAUCCCUCACUGACAACCAUAACAGAAGAGCCACCAUCGUGGAAGUCUUCGAAUUCAUCGAUACAAAUGAAUAAUGAUUGGGGUAGCAAAAUGACAGCUGGUAUAGGAAAUGGUAUCAAUGCUGGUCAUCAUUAUGGCAAUAAUAUUAAUUAUGCCAAUAAUAUGAAUUAUCAUCAUCAUCCACCACCACCGAAUAUGCAGCAGCAACAACAACCACAACCACCACCGCCAACUACAGCACAAACACAUCAUCUGCAUAACCAUCAACAACAACAUCAUCAUCAUCCCCACUACAAUCCCAUGUAUGCCACACAUCCGCCACCACCACCACAAUAUCAUCAUCCCUACCACAUGGGCACACAACCUGCUUCACAAGGUAAUCUAAAUAAUACAGCACAACAUCCACCCCCACCAUCCCGUGACGCUGGCAGUGAAGGCAAAAAUAUGAAUAACUUUCCACCCGAAUUACAAAGUAUUGUUGUACAACCGGAAGUUACGGUCGAAACGCAUCAUUCAGACACGAAUACUACUAAAGUAACGGCCACUGCCAAUAUUAAAGUAGAAUUGGUAACACCGGGUCGGGCGGUUAGAAGUUAUAAUUUCACAUCAUAGCAAUGAGCCCGCAGUGUAUGUAAGGAUGUUUAGAUAAUUUUAAAUUAUUUAUUAAAUUUACUUAAGGAUUAUGUACAUACAUAUACAUAUAUUUAGUUUAUUAAUAGAAAACAAAAAGUUUAAGAAAAAAACAUAAGAUUAUAGUUAAUAUAGACCUGAAUUUUAAGCCAAAAUAGUAACCAAGUAACACAAACACAACCACAAACAAAAAAACUAAACAAAAUACUUUAUUACUUUGUAAUUUUUUUUAAUUAUCACAAAUUUUCAAUAAUUUUUCAAAGAAAUAAAAGCAUUUUUAGCAUUUUGUUUAAAGAAGAGACUGAUUUAGUUGUGGACAAUAAAACUCUUUUAAAAAAUAUUUUUUUAUUUAAAAA